AUGGAAGAACAAAUUGUGCAGCUUCGAGAGGAGCUGGAUCGAGAGAGGGAGGAGAGAGACUACUUUCAGCUGGAGAAGGGCACGAUCCUCAUCUCUGAGAACACGCAGAGAGAGCUACAGGAGAUAAAAGAUGAACUUAAAAACCUAGAAAAGGUCAUAAGAGAGGAUGAGAGGCGCCACCAAGGAGAGAUCAAGGUGUUGAGGCAGAAGAUGAAGCACCACCUUUAUGAGCACCAGAACAUCAUCUCUGAGUUGAGAGCAAAUGCUUUAGUCUCAACUGAAAUACAGCAAAAAGAGCAACACAAAUUAGAGACUGAGCUUCAUAAGAGAAUGAAGGCCGUCAAGGUUGAGAUCGAGGAGAUAAACGAUGAUUACCUCGUCAAGGAGCUCGAACUGAAACAUGCAGAAGAAAUGACUAAACUGAGGGACAAAUUGGAGAAGCAACUGACAGAAACUGCAGCUGUGUACGAGGAGAAGAUGACGUUACUGCUACAGGAGCUGGACAGCAUGAGGAAAAAUGAGUUCAGUGAGAGAGAAGAUAAGGGGAACAGCCACAUCGAUGGUCUCAUAUUAGACCACAACAAAGCUCUCAGUGAAGCUAGUGAGCUGGGUAAAGACUUACAACAGGUUGUGGAUGGGAAUGAUUCACUCAAGACACAAAUCAAAGAAAUGAAGAUGAAACACAAGCAGAAGAGCAAGGACCUGAUCCCUGUUUUGUCUGAUAACAAACGUCUUGCUGAAAAUCUUUCAAAAGAUAUAGAGGAAAUCAUUGAAAAUAAGAAAAGAAUGAAACACAGUGGAAUGAAAAAGGACACCAAAGAAAAGAUCAUAGUAAAGAAGAUGAGUGAUCUGAAACAGGAUCACGAGACGCUGAAAGAGAAAUUCAACAAGCUUCAGCUUGAGAAGGACGAGCUAUACAAGACGCACUAUAUUCAAAAGGUGCAUCAUAAAGCUGAUCUGACGAAGAUGCAGCUGGAAACUAAGCUGAAAGCUCUCACCGACAGUCUGGAGAAGACCAAGGCUCAGCUCCAGUCUGUGCUAUCUGCCUCUAACAUGGACCAAACAGCCCUUUGUGAGGUCAUAAACAACAUUGAGGAAAACCUUGACUCCAAAAAUAAUACCAUCAAGAUAUUACGAUAUAAGAAUGUUCAGAUCUCCAAGGUGCAUGGGGAUUUGCUGCUGUACUAUAAGGCCAAGCUAAAGGCUCUUGGUGUCCCAGUGGAUCUCCAAGACUCGCACACGCACUCUCUGUACAGCUUCACGUUCAUCACCAACACGGCCAGCUCAUCUGUCUUGUUGGCCAGCGAGUUAACAUUCCCCAUCACACACGAAGGAAUAACCGGUUUGAACCUCCACCGCUUCUGCAGGCGCCUCGCCUACACCAACGCGCCAGCUCUGCUUCCGCGGUAG